AUGAAUCCUGUACGAAGAGCAACYCCAGACUCUGAGGCUGUGGGAUCUUCCGAGGACGAGCGCCCGUGGCCAUCCUCCAUGUCUUUUGGCAAGUUUCCAAUGAAAGAGAACAGUGUUCCUGGUAUGCCCGGCGGUAUCUGGGCAACUCAAAAGAGAGGAAGCUUCAAAAUUUCCGAGGCAGCGCAGCGUAAUGCGGCGCGAGAUGCAGCACGUAUGGGUGCUGCAGCUGCAAAUGGGCAAGGUCCUUUGAUGAGGGGAGCCAGUACGCCGUCUCCAUCAGUCAGCGAAGGCGCAAGUUCGUUGCCUUUUGCCAUUCCAUUGCAGCCCACGCCGAAGACCGGCCGUUCUCUGUCUCACUCUCAGGGACAGCGAGAAGCUCCCGUGAAUUCUGGUUCACACCUCGGUGCGGCGCCAGGACCUGCAGCAGCAGCAGCCCUUCCGCUUGGACUCCUCGCCGAGGAGGACGUUGAUACGGACACGGAGUCUGAUGUGGGGUCACGCCUCACGCAUACCACCUCUCAUCCCCCCAUAGGCUCCUUGAUGCGUACAGCUACUUUGCCUGCGGCGUACGAUAYGAUGCACAGCUCCAACAGCGGCAGAGACCGCCAGGCAGCUCCCCAUUCGCCCUCCCACCGCGAUCUUAUGCGGGCCCGGACUUUCGAGGCGGCAUUUGCAGAUCUCUCCAUGGAUCACUCCCACCGCCGUGCUAGUCAAUGGCAGAGCUCGCUCGGCUGGGACGACGUGCCCACCGUGAACGGAUCACGCCGCCACUCGCUGGCAGAUAUUCCCACGCGUAGAGGAUCCCUGGCUGGCGGCGAACCGAGUCUGCUGAGCAGAACAUACACACACGACGUGUUCGAAACAGAGUCACCGACGAGCAUUGGUUCCGCACAUCUACAAGGCUUUCCCUCAGAUCGCGCGGUCGAUACAAAUAACGACCACAACCCCGCUUCACGCAACACAGAAACAGCUMACAUGAACAACUACAACAUCCCAGCCAUGUAUCGGGCUCCGACAGUCCRGCUCCAGGAACACGAGCUCCGCGAGCUGGAACGUCGUGGAAUGCAGCAAGCCACCCAGAACUAUUAUCCGGGCGGUAACGGCGGAUCCAAGAACUCUCGCAAGCAGCUCUACAUCGUGAGCUUCAAGUGCUCUCGCGUGGAUGUCUUCUUUUUGCUCGAAAAUACUGGCUUGAGUGUCCGCGAAGGUGACUUGGUGAUUGUUGAGGCGGACCGCGGACAGGAUCUCGGCACCGUGCAACACGCCAAUGUCACCCCGGAGGAAGCUCGCAUGCUGAAGAAGAAGUACUCCGAAGAGCAGUACAAAUGGUUGAUGAUGUACAGCCGCAACAAGGAGGGCGGAUACAACCCCAAUGCUCAGAUGAACGGGGAGCAACAGCAGCUCUUCCCGGAUGCUCCCACGACCAUGCAGGGCACAAUCCCUCGUGACACCUUCAACAAUCUGAAGCCGAAAGCCAUCAAGCGCCUUGCCAACGAUCACGAGGUUAAGAUGCUCGCAGAGAAGGAAGGUAAUGAGGCAAAGGCCAAGCGGACGUGCCAGCAGAAGGUGUCCCAUCUCCGUCUGCAGAUGGAGAUUCUCGAUGCUGAGUGGCAAUGGGACUUCCAAAAGCUCAUUUUCUAUUACUAUGCGGACCACUACAUCAACUUCAAGGAUUUGAUCACGGAACUCUACCGCAUCUACAAGACACGCAUCUGGCUUUCUGCGAUCAACCCUGCCUCAUUCUCACAGCACGCCAUGGGCCAGCCACCGAGCGGCAUAGGUCCAGGCGCCGUUCCCCCAUACGCUCUCAACAACGGAUACACAAUGGCUUAUGGCGAGGAUAGAGAUCCUUAUGGUGCCCAGAUGCCAUAUCGAAUUCCCUACGAGACUUACAACCCAAACUUUCCAUCGAUCCCAGGAGUCGCAAACAGUUUUGCCCCAGCUGCCCUUGGCACAUACUACGACUACUACGGCACCGGUGCGCCUGUUGCAGUGACUGGUGGCGGCGCUCCUCGCGGUAUCAUGCCAGACGCUCGCAAUGAAAUGCUAUUCUAUGGCCGCGCCGGCAAUGAUGACUACCGUCAGCAAGCCCCUCGUGCCAACAACUUCGACGAGGCAUCCGCUUCUGGUGCCUUGGUGGAGAACUCAACAUCCAGCGGUGCUUCCGGCGCCGCUGUCCGUCGCCAGUCUGCCGUGCUGCCACCACCAAUUGGUACACGUCGCGCCUCGCAGGUGGACGAAUUCGUUGCGCCGGCCAGUCAGCAUCGGGCUAGAAAUCCGCAAUUCCCAUCCCCAUUCCGCAACGCCGAUCCUGAAAACCGCUUUUUCGGACGUGAYGGACUGUACCACGCCGCCGGUUCCAAUGGGAACGGCAACGGCUAUCGCGCCGCUCCUACCCAGGUCUACGUGGGUUCACCUUCCAGCGAGCAGCCUCCAGGAUACCCAUACUACUUGGGUGUGCAGGAGAGCAGUCCUCCACGUCUAGGAUAG